CUCUCCUCCCCUCUCCUCCUCCUCCUCCCUCGCCGCUUCCUUCAGCGGGGCCCCGCCAUGGCCGCUCCCGCCGCCGCCGCCGCCCGCUCGAGAUCGCUCCGCAUCGGCUCCCGCCGCGCCCGGCCCGCCGCCGCCGCCCCCCCGGCCCCGCGGCUCUGCCCGCCGGCUCGCCGCGCCCCGGCCCCGGCCCGCUGCUCCCCGCCCGCCUCGGGCUGGCGGCGGCGCCUGGCGCUGCGGUGCCGCUGCCGCGACUGCUGCCGGCCGGGCACAGCGCUGCUGUCACAUCCACGUGACCGCGCCGCCCCGCGCCCCCGCCCGCGGCCCCCAGGGGGCGCGCCAGGCCCGGCGGCGCCGACAGCGGCGAAAGCUCCGCGGGGCGCUCCGCGUUCGGCAGCGGAACGGGCGCCGCGAGGGCCCCGGGGCCGCUCCCGCUCCGGACGGCCGCUCGGCGCUUCUCCGCGGCCGGCGGCGCCCUUAUGGCGGCGCUUUGCGUAUCCACCGCGGCUACAGGUUGGGGAUCUCGGAGCGUUUGAUCGUUUAUUUAUCCCGCCGGCACUCCCUGGAAUUUUGGAAGACCUCCCAGCAGAAGGAAGGAGCCAGCACUGCACCACCUGUUGUUCCAUUACCUCGUGGAAGGCAGUGGCAGAACAGAUCUCACAGGGAAUACGUUCAGGAGGAAGAAAGAAGUGCUGUUGUCCCCAGGUCAACCUUAGCCCACCGUUCGGAUACGUAGAAGAUACACAGGGAAGGAGGAGUUUAUUCAAAAGAUAAAAGCUUAGCUAGGCUGUGGCUAUCCCAAACAAUAUACUUUUGUAACAGGUUGUGGAACAAAACCAAGUUACAUCAUCCUGCCAGCUGUGCUGUUCCCGGGGCUGGCAGCUCCUCACACUUCAGGCAUGUCCAGGCACAGCCCCAGCCCCGCUGGCCUACACCAGUGUCCCUGGGCCAGAGCAGUGGCACUGUGAGCCCAGAGCACACAGCAUCAUCCUUUCCUUUGUGAUGCCACCCAUCUCACCAUCGUCUGUGCUGAUUUCUAUUAACCGCUCCUGGGCUACUCUGUAAUGCACUGCAGGAUCAUAGCCAUCUGUUUAGCCUCUCUUAGCAGGGCCCAUUACUUUUAACAGCAUGGCAACACGCAUGCCAUGUAGGGCUGUACGAAUGCCUCCCCACCAGCACUGUGCUAUAUAAGGGUAAGGUUUUUGCCUAUCGUUGAGCGCCGAAUGCAGACAAUCAAAAAAAUCAUCCACAUAUUUCUCAUUCCUCACGUCAGGACCCAAACAAUGAAAAGCAAUUAAAUCCAAAUGUGCCUCAGGCUUCCUACCUGAGAAGCCCAGUGCUGUUUGUUUGCUGUUUCUUGUGGGAUGAAAUAGGCUCAGGCACCAGUGCUGCACAGGAGGGGCCUUCCAACACCAGGCUCUGCCUAUCCUGCUGCAUCCCCCAGUUGCUUCUCUGCUCUCUCUAUAAUGGGAGCUGAUGGUUUUAUUGUUAUCUGGCUGUUGCACAAUCCCUACCAGCUGUGCUCACCUCACUCAGAGACGGACACAUUUGCAGAAAGAACAAGCACCUGCAGUGGGAAUCUAUCAGGCAGGAAUGGAAACACCUGAGAUCUGCAGCAUCACUGUCAGGUGCUGUGUUGGAUGGUGGCUCCUGGAGAGAGGUCCUGGGGUGCAGUGAGGCCGUGGGGCUUCAACAGGGGACCCUCUCACCCCAACACAGGGACACGCCUGGGGCUGUGACUGCCUCAAUCAAAAAACCCUUUUGUUCCAACAGGGCUCCUUUCUCUCCUGAGAUUUCUGACUUACGCCCAGGUUCCAACAAUGGAAUUUCAAGCAUAUACAUUUGCAUGAUGAAUCCGAUGAAACAAAAUUAAAACACAAAAAGAGCACGUCACAAGAUUUGACCUCUUUGGUCUUAAUUGAUGAAUCCUUUCAGAUUUGUAGAUGAGAAGCUACAUCCUGAUCAUCUGCUGGAAUAGGCAGUUGGAAUUCUUCUGACUUCAGGAAAAGCAGGACAAUAUUUGUGGUCUGAAUCAUUUAUUUUGGAUUAACGGUGUCGGGAUUUCCAGAAUCCCUUUCCAAUACAGACUUGCUUUUCUGCAAGGCGUUUCCAUAUCUGCGUGGAAUACAGUUUUGUACGUGUCCAGGAGCAGACUGAAGCCCAUGUGCCUUUCUGACAGAGUCCCCGAUCCCCACAGCUUGCAAGUGACUUUGUGCACAAAUGCUUUCAUGGAAAUUAUUUGGAUUAUUCACAUGCUAACCUAUUUGAACACACGUAUCUCACAGAAGGAAGAAAAAGUGUGUUUGCACUUAAAUACUUAUUGUUGCUAUCAGUUGUCAGGUCCUGUUGGGGUUUGUGCAGAUCAGUCUUGUAGCCAAGUGGGAAGACUUGAAGGGCAACUCAUAAUUGACCUUGACUAGAUAAAAAAAAUCACUUUCCUGACUAAUUCACAGCACAAGAUGCACCCCAUUUUUGCAGAGAUUUAGCUCAAAGUCAGGUCUAUAUUAGAAAACUUCCCCUCACUAUAACAUGGGAAAAGUCAUUUAGGGAAAGGAAAAAACUCUUGUGUAGACGCUGCCACGUUGACCAAAAGCACCAAACCAAUGUGUGUGUUUUCUGGACACCUUAAGUGAAGCAAUGGGAUGGUGUCUGUGGGUGAGCUGGUGUGCUGCUGUCCUCUCUGUGUGAUGGGGAAGCAGGAUUUGGCCAGUGUGCAAAAAAAAUAAAAAUAAAAAGCAGAAGGCAUUCGUAGAAAAACAACAGAAAUAAUCAGCUGCCUGGAGCGACUGAUUUAUAGGGAGAGAUUAAAAAGGCUGCUUCUCAGCUUGCUAAGCAACGGCAAGAGAUGGCCCAGAUAGCUGCCCACAGUUAUCUGAAAGGUGUAAGCACUGAGGAAGUGAAAGGGAAAAAAGCGGUUGGAGAAGGAUAAACUUUGAAUAAUAGGCUGGAAUUAAGAAAGGAAGCCGAGACAAAUGUCAGGGAAAGCUUCCAAGGGAUGAGCAGCAUUAGCGUGCAAAAGAGAUUCUCAAAGGAAAUGGUGGAAUCCCCAUAAUUUGAAACAUUAAAGCCCGAGUAGACAAAGCAAUCAUGAAUAUGCUGUAGGAAAUAAUCCUGGUGUGGUAUUGGAUGAACAUGCCUGUCUGGCAUUGGUUAUGUGAACGUCUACUGCUUUUUUUUUUCCUACUGAACUCAAUUGAUUUUUUACCCCUCACCUCUCCACUCCCACUCUCUCUAUUUGCAUCUGUCUGCUUGUGUCUCAUAUACAGGUUGGGAAAUGCAUUAUGCUACUUACAUUUUUAUCACAAACGUGGCUGGAUGUCUACCUAAUAUGCAACAAAUUGUACAAAAUAAUUGUUUAGGUGCAUUAAUCACAUUGCCUCUGAAUGGAAUGCAAAUGGCCCUAUAAUUAUUUCUAAGUUGGGUUCUAAUUUUUUUUAACACUUAAAAAUUAAAUUCAACGUCAUCUCCUAAUUCCUC